AUGGCUGCGUUGGUUCAAACGAUCCCGCAACAGACUGGCACGGUUCCUGUGCUGCAGACACGUCCCUCUUCUUCCUCGGGCACAUUUGCCUCAUCCUCUACACAGCAUCCCACUCGGUUCCAGAAUAUGUCGUGGAGUUCCUUCAAUGCUGGAAAUUCGGGCAGCUAUCGAGCAGGUCAACCGGUUGUGGCCCCCUACGCUUUUGCUCCUAACCCGGCCCACACCACCAAUCCUCAACAACAUCGCCAAUCUUGGUCCCCUCAUCUUCGUCCUGAGCACCGCACCUUCUCUGCCCCUACCAUUCAAGGCGCGUCCCAUAUGGCCCAAUCCGGAGCCAACCCCCGAGUCGCCAAUCCUGCAGCUGGUUCUGUAUCGACUUCUUCCAACUCUUCAUUCAACUCAUACGUCUCAAAGGAUGACAGCGCUAUCCCCUCUCGACAACCGAGACCGGACCAGCCUCUUCGUCCCUUGUCCACCGCCAACCUUCCUCCCCCCGUUAUGACCAUCUCUUCCCCCGUCAGCUCUGUGAAGCCUUCUCCGAAUCGGUACCGCCGUUCCAAUCAACGUCCCCAAUCUCCAGCCCCAGCACCAUCACCUUCACCACCGUCAUCAACCUCAGCGAUAAUUGUCGACGACCAGAAAACCGCAGCUCCGGUUCCCCGGCCGGUUCGAAGGUCCAACGGACAUAACCGCUAUUCUAGUGUAGAUGAUUCGUCCCAUGCAGAAAGGCCACAACUCGAACCUGCAAAGCGGUACCGCCGGAGAAGUAUGGGAACGAUGGACCCAGGCUCAUACCCGAACCUUCAACUGCAGCUGCCGAUACCAGCUUCGCCGCAGUCGAGUUCUUAUGACUUUAUUGCCUUUGAUGCGAAUCAAUCACGACCACAAUCGUCUCAUUCACAGAAUGGCAGCUCGCAUUCGGCGAAGUCAUCUGUAUCUUCGACACGAGAAGGGGCAGCCUCGGAUCCCACCUCCGUCGUCAAGCCGGAAGAAAAGCGAGCGAGCAAGCCCUCUCCGCUCUCCCAGCCAGCGUCAACGUUACCCAACCCUCCGGCGCCCAAAUCAGUUUCCAAGGCCCCACUGGCUGCCUCAUCCCCGCCAACAGAGUCCCCUGCGGCGAAGCGUCUUGCUGAGCUGAAGAAUGACAAGCGUCCUGGGAAGUCACGCCUGAGGCGUGCUUUCUCCUUCGGCAGCGCAUCGGAACUUCUAAAGGCAUCCUCGCAGACCAAGCGUGAAGCAAUUGCUGCCGAAAAAGCGCGCCGGGAGGCCUUGCGAGAGGAGUUGGGAGACGAACAAGCCGCGAUUGCCGAACAGCAGGAGGCCAUGGGACUGGGUGAAAGCAUCUAUUCCCACCAAGGUGGUUUCUUUUCUGGGUCAACAGAUGCACUUUCCAUUUCAUCGACUGCUUCAUCAGCAUCCAUGAUGCUUCGUAAAAUGGGUAAAGGUAUGAAGAAGUCUACUCGGUCAUUAGUGGGACUGUUCCGGCCCAAGUCUGUCGCCAGUAUCCACUCGAUUGAGGGGGCCGCUGAGCCGAUGUCUCUACCCCAGAUCUCUGUGGUGAACGUGGAGGCGCAGCGGGAGAUUGUGGUCAACCCUGACCCGAUGGAAAUGCCUCGGGGUGGCACUGUGUUCCCCAAGGUGGAACCUGCUGGCUCCGAUGUCCGUAGGUCUGCUUCUAUUCGGGAUCGUGAGAGAGUCGUUUCAGAUUCCUCUCAGUCGCGAAAAAGCAUUGUUGGAGGCGACCGAGAACGCGCUGAAAUUCUAGCGGCUGUCCGCAAGGGCAUUUUGAAGAAAACCCAUUCCGACUAUGGGGCCUCCUCUUCGGCAAAUGCACUAAACGGCAAUGACUCCCCGCAUUCCAGUGCCCCACCUACCCCAGACGAGUCGUCUCGAGCCAGCCCUCGCCCGACAGAGCAAAUAACCAUCGCUGGCGAGGACUAUUUCCUUUCUGGUGGUUCUCGGUACUCAGGCACCGACGCGAAAAGUGCUCCCAACACUCCGCAGGCGGGUGGCCGAAACAUCGUUUUCAGCCCUCGCAUACAGUUUCAUGAGACUUGGCCCAGUGGCGAGUACGAUCGUCGUGGAGAAAUUGCGACUUGCAACCGCUUGACUCCUCUCCUGGCCCAACAAAUUCGCGAGGAGAUCAACAACUUCAAAAUGGAGAUGGAAGUUCAUGAAAACUCCAAAAUCUACACACACUUCAUUUAA